AAUCAGAGAGACGGCGAGGGGAAGUAGAGGUGGCGCCCAGCCCCACGGUCUCCCAGGGAGAGCCGGUGUCUGGCCGCUGGCCUCAGCGGAACUCUACAAGCCACGCUGGCUGCUCAUGGAGCCGAGGACUCGCGCGGAGACGGGAUGCUCCUGGCCGCCGAGAUCGGCAAGGCGCCGGCAGCCCCGUGCUGCUCUGAAAGUGGUAACGAAAGGAAGGACGUCGAGGAGAAAAAUGACAUAAAUAUUGCAGCUCUUUUUGGAAAUGAACAAGUCAGUGAAGAUACAGAUAAUGGUGAUCUCACUUCCUACGUGUCUGCAUUUAUAGAAAAAGAAGUUGGAAAUGACCUUAAAUCUUUAAAGAAACUUGAUAAACUCAUAGAACAGAUGACAGAAAAUAAAAUGCAGUUAGAAGAACAGGUACUUACAAUUUCAUCAGAAAUCCCUAAAAGAAUUCAGAGUGCCUUAAAAAAUGCAGAAGAAUCAAAGCAAUUUCUUAAUCAGUUUCUGGAGCAAGAAACUCAUCUCUUCAGUUCCAUUAACAGCCAUUUGCUGACCGCACAGCCCUGGAUGGAAGAUCUGGGGGCCAUGAUUAACCAAAUUGAAGAGAUUGAGCGCCAUCUUGCUUACCUUAAGUGGAUUUCACAAAUUGAAGAACUAAGUGAUAACAUUCAGCAAUAUCUGAUGACCAAUAACGUCCCAGAGGCAGCCUCUACUCUGGUGUCUAUGGCGGAACUUGACAUCAAGCUUCAGGAAUCAUCUUGUGCUCAUCUUCUUGCUUUCACGAGAGCCACUGUUAAAUUCUGGCAUAAGAUCCUCAAGGACAAACUUACAAGUGAUUUUGAGGAAGUUUUAGCCCAGCUUCACUGGCCAUUCAUCACACCCCCCCAGUCUCAGACUGUUGGCUUGAGUCGCCCAGCAGGUGCCCCUGAGAUAUACAGUAACCUGGAGACACUGUUUUGCCAGCUUCUGAAACUGCAAACCUCAGAUGAAUUACUUACGGAGCCAAAACAACUUCCAGAAAAAUACUGUCUUCCUGCAUCCCCGUCUGUCAUCCUGCCCAUCCAGAUUAUGCUGACUCCCCUUCAGAAAAGGUUCAGGUAUCACUUCCGAGGGAACCGACAGACUAAUGUUAUAAGCAAGCCUGAAUGGUACUUGGCUCAGGUACUUAUGUGGAUUGGGAAUCACACUCAGUUUCUGGAUGAGAAGAUUCAGCCAAUAUUAGACAAAGUAGGCCCUUCGGUAAAUGCAAGGCUUGAAUUUACCCGGGGCCUCAUGAUGCUCGUUCUUGAGAAGUUAGCUGCAGACAUCCCAUGUCUGCUCUAUGAUGACAAUCUCUUCUGUCAUCUGGUGGAUGAGGUGCUUUUGUUCGAAAGGGAGCUGCAUAGUCUUUAUGGCUAUCCCAGCACUUUUGCCAACUGUAUGCAUAUUCUGUCAGAGGACACCUGUUUUCAGAGGUGGUUGACUGUGGAGAGAAAAUUUGCUCUUCAAAAAAUGGACUCAAUGCUUUCAUCAGAAGCUGCUUGGAUAUCCCAAUAUAAGGAUAUCACUGAUGUGGACGAGAUGAAAGUUCCAGACUGUGCAGAAACUUUUAUGACGCUACUCUUGGUUAUAACUGACAGAUAUAAAAAUCUUCCCACAGCUUCCAGAAAGCUACAGUUCCUGGAGUUACAGAAGGACUUAGUAGAUGAUUUCAGGAUACGGUUAACUCAGGUGAUGAAAGAAGAGACUAGAGCUUCCCUUGGCUUUCGAUACUGUGCAAUUCUCAAUGCUGUGAACUAUAUCUCAACAGUACUAGCAGACUGGGCUGACAAUGUUUUCUUCCUGCAACUUCAGCAGGCAGCACUGGAGGUCUUUGCAGAGAAUAACACCCUCAGUAAAUUGCAGCUGGGACAGCUGGCCUCUAUGGAGAGUUCUGUCUUUGAUGACAUGAUUAACCUACUGGAGCGUUUAAAGCAUGACAUGUUGACCCGCCAAGUAGACCAUGUUUUUAGAGAAGUUAAAGAUGCUGCAAAAUUGUAUAAAAAAGAAAGGUGGCUGUCGCUGCCGUCGCAGUCGGAGCAGGCGGUGAUGUCCCUGUCCAGCUCGGCCUGCCCGCUGCUGCUCACCGUGAGAGACCGCUUACUCCAGCUGGAGGAGCAGCUUUGCUUCUCCUUGUUCACAGUCUUCUGGCAGGUGCUUGUGGAGAAGCUGGAUGUGUACAUCUACCAAGAAAUCGUUCUUGCCAAUCAUUUCAACGAGGGAGGGGCAGCUCAGCUCCAGUUUGAUAUGAGUCGGAACCUGUUCCCCCUGUUCUCCCGAUAUUGCAAGAGGCCAGAAAAUUACUUCAAACAUGUCAAAGAAGCGUGUAUUGUUUUGAAUCUGAACAUUGGCUCUGCCCUCCUUCUGAAAGACGUCCUGCAGUCAGCCUCAGGGCAGCCUCCUGCCACCGAGGCCUUAAACGAAGUUGGAAUUUACAAACUGGCUCAACAAGAUGUUGAGAUUCUACUUAAUUUGAGGACAAACUGGCCUAACACGGGAAAAUAAAGCAUCUUUUCUUGUUUUGGAGUUUUGGUGUUUAACAAAGAGGAGGCCAACUGGAUGUCAAGUUAUGUGACGAAGUUCUGAGUUAAUGAAACUGGACAGUUGAAAACUUUAUGGAAUCAUUUAUUAUCUUGGACUGAUGGCAUUAUUAAAACGCUGCCCAUAUUUCCUCCAUCCUCUUGUUCCUAAGAAAACAAAACCAGAAAACUCAGAAGUCAUGAAAACUCCGAGUAAUUCCAUUUACAAAUGUAAAUGCUAAGUAUGUCUGUUGAACAAGAUACAAGAGCAGAGAAUAAUAAAUUACAAGCAAUUUUCAAUUUCCUGUGCUAAUUAAGGGAGACUGUUGUAGAUAAUCAAACACAGCAAAUACAUUAAAAAAAAAAAUCACUUUAGAAUAUAUGUUCAUAAUUGAAGUUCCCGUAUCUGGUUUGGAAAUUCACUGUCUUUCCUCUAAGAAAACAUUAUGAGGUGGUGACCAAAAUAGAAUUGCUCUCAUAUUCCACAAAUGUCCUUACAUUUAAAAUCCUUCCUGAUUCCAUUCCAGGACAGUGGGCAGGCAGCCUUUUCUUUUGGAUGAAACAUUUCAGGCCAGGGCACUGUGUUUCAGUCUCUCCCCGGGGCAAGGAUGGGAAUUAAACAGUUUUUGUUUAAUAUUUAUGUAACUAAUAAUGAGACGGGAAUCUUAAACUUUCUUUUUUCUUUGACUUUUCCUUGGCUUUUUGGACUAUGUUACAUACCAAUUUCUUGAUUAAUAAAUCCUUAGAGAACAAAA